UUUGAUUGUGAGUGAAUAGGAAUUAAAAAAGAAGAAGAAACACAAACAUGAAUUUGGAACUACUCGAAUCCUUUGGCCAAAACUAUCCCGAGGAGUUUGAUGGCUCUCUGGAUUGCAUAUCGCUGGCAGUUACAUGCGCUUUCAACAAAUACGGCACCUUGCUUGCUGUCGGCUGCAACGAUGGACGAAUUGUUAUUUGGGACUUUCUGACUCGCGGCAUUGCCAAAAUAAUAUCUGCACAUGUUCAUCCCGUGUGUAGUCUUAGCUGGACGAGAAAUGGUCAUAAGCUGCUGUCCGCGUCAACAGACAACAAUGUUUGCAUUUGGGACGUUCUCACUGGAGAAUUGGAGCACAAAUAUCGAUUUCCGUCGCCAGUGCUGAAAGUUCAGUUUGAUCCACGCAACGAUAGCCGUUUGCUUGUCUGUCCCAUGCGCUAUGCUGCUGUGCUGGUCAAAAUUGCCGGAUCACAUCGUUGUCUUCCCCUGGACUCGGAUGGAGAUUUAAAUAUAGUUGCCUCAUUCGACCGACGUGGUAAACACAUAUACACAGGCAAUGCCAAGGGAAAGAUCCUUGUGCUGGACGUGGAAACCUUUGAAGUCGUGGCCAGUUUUCGCAUUAUCGUGGGCACCUCAAGUGCGACGGCGGUCAAGAGCAUUGAGUUUGCCCGUCGAGGCGAUGCAUUCCUCAUUAAUACAUCCGAUCGAGUAAUACGCGUGUAUGACUCCAAAGAGAUUAUUGCAUUGGGCAAGGAUGGCGAACCAGAACCCAUACAAAAGCUACAGGAUCUAGUCAACAAAACCACAUGGAAGAAGUGCUGCUUCUCGGGAGAUGGGGAAUACAUUUGUGCUGGCAGCGCACGUCAACAUGCUCUGUAUAUUUGGGAGAAGUCAAUUGGUAAUCUCGUCAAGAUUCUGCAUGGUACAAAGGGUGAACUGCUGUUGGAUGUUGUCUGGCAUCCGGUGCGUCCAAUUAUAGCUAGUAUUAGUUCCGGUUUGGUUUCGAUUUGGGCACAAAAUCAGGUGGAAAACUGGUCCGCGUUUGCACCCGACUUCAAAGAGCUGGACGAGAAUGUGGAGUACGAGGAGCGUGAAUCUGAGUUCGAUAUUGCGGAUGAGGACAAGUCAGUAGAUUUAAAUGCCGAUGCUCAGCAGGAUGAGGAGAUCGAGGUGGAUGUACAAAAAGUGGAACCAGUGGCAGCGUUUUGUUCCUCCGACGAGGAAGGCGAGGACGAGAAUGCUUUACAGUUUCUGCCCAUGGCACCCGAGGUGGAAGACCCCGAGGAUGGCUGGACAGCGCAAGAUAAUUUGGAGUCCAGUUCAAACAUAAUGGGCAACGAUUCACGAGACUAUGAAGACGACAUUAUGGCGUCUAAACGAAGACGCAUGCAACAUUAUGAUGUCAGUCUUCCCGAUGCACCCACCGAUGAAACGCACCCGCUAAUAUCCAGCAAAGCCAGCAAGGACAAACAGCAACCAAUUGGUGGCAAAAAGGCAACGGGCCGAGCGAAGAAAUGAGCUGGCGCCUCUUUUAAGAUUUUAUUUAAGUUAUGACAUUAAUAAACAGACAGAGCUUAA